AUGUGCCGCCAGCUGAAGGUGCAGUGCUCCAGCGGCAUUCCACCGGUGAGUAUCGACAAGGGGAAGAAGCGGGAGCUGAGUGGAAGGGACCCCAUCUCCCUGGGCAAAGGGAAAGAAGCAUCAGUGGAGCCCGGCGGAGAUGGAGGACGAUGUGGAGUUGAUCUCCAAUCCCCAGACCAUGAUCGUGGAGGAGGGCGGAUGGAUGGAACCAACAGACUACUGAAGCAGGGUAUUGCGGCAGCAGAGGGGAGCCAAGCAGCCAUGGAUAGGUUUGUGGAGGAGCAGAGGGCUUUCCAAGCCUUAUUCCUGGAAGGGAUGAGGAACGGCUUUCGCGCAGAGGUGGCAGAGGAAAUGGAGGAAAUGGAGGAGGAGGCGGAGGGUGGGAGUGGGGCUAGGGUCUCCGGCGGAGAUAUGGAGACUGAUGACCUCUAG